AGCCUUAAAAGGAACGUGCGCGCGCACUUGUUUGUAGGCACGAGUGACGAGAGAGGGUGUCUCCGGAAAAAACAAGUGAGGUUCUAUGGCUGCUGUGAAAGCAGAGAACGUGUGUGCCUCGCCAUCGCUGAAAAUCUCCAAGGAAGUGGACCCCAGACAUGCUUCUGAGACCUUGCACUUCGUUGACGUUAUGGGAGCUGCCACGCCCCUUCCCGGUAACUGCAACGCGCGUGGCUUCUACGACGCCUUCUACCGGAGCUUCAUCAAAGUCGAUAACAUCCAACGUGGACGGAUUUCAUGCACCGUUGUGGCCAAACCACCCAUCUGUAAUGGCUAUGGAACUCUGCAUGGAGGUUCUGUUGGAUCCUUGGUUGAGAUUCUAUCUAAUGCUUGUGCUAGAACUGUAGUUGCUGAGGACAAGGAACUUUUUCUAGGGGAAAUCAGCAUUUCUUACCUCUCUGCCACUCCAGCAAAUGAAGAAUUGCUAGCUAAUGCCUCUGUGGUGAAGACUGGAAGAAAUUUGACUGUGGUUGCAGUUGAGUUUAAACUGAAGAAAACUGGGAAUUUGCUCUAUAUUACUCAUGCUACCUUCUAUAACAUGCCAGUUUCCAGUUUAUGAAUAUUUAGCUUUCUGGUGGACAUUGUUCAGCAGUUUAUGAAUAUUUUUAAAAAAUAAAUAAAGAUAGAGGCACAAAUUGUCCCUUUUUCAACUAGUAUCAAUAAUAGAUUUAUAGUUUGUAGUAAUCAUGUAUUUAUUGGAAAACAGCAGGAAUGUAAUGUUAUUUUUUUUCUUUUCUUUUUGCA